AGUUACGAAAGCAUCAAGAUGGUCUGCCAGAAGUUCAACAGGGCAGUUGAUGACCUCAGGUUCAUGAUAAAGCAGAAGAGGUAUGAGUCAAAGAGCAGGGCCUCUGUUGAUCUACUCCACCACAUCUUACAGCUGUGCUACGACAAAGCUGUCACUGAUCCGGCCAAACUUAACCAAUAUGAGCCAUUCUCUGCUGAGGUGUAUGGCGAGACAAGUUAUGAGUUGGUCGACCAGAUGAUCAAGACCAUCAGGUUCACAGAGGAUGAUCGAUUUAUAGAUCUUGGAAGCGGAGUUGGUCAUGUUGUCUUACAAGUUGCAGCUGCCACACCAUGCAAGUACUGCUAUGGUAUUGAAAAGGCCCAGUGGCCCGCAUACUAUGCCAAGCAACUGAGUGGAGAGUUUGAGAAGUGGAUGAAGUUCUACGGCAAGGAGCAUGGUGCCUACGAGUUGAUGAAGGGUAACUUUCUAUCUGAUGACUACAAGGACGUCAUAUCCAGUGCCACUGUCAUAUUUGUGAACAACUUUGCAUUUGGGCCGCAAGUAGAUCAUGAGUUGAAAUUGAGGUUCUCCAACUUGAAAGAAGGAACGAAGAUUGUGUCAUCAAAGGCAUUUUGUGCUAUGAACAUGCAGAUAUCUGAGAGGAACCUUAGUGACAUCGGGGCGAUAAUGACCGUUGAAGAACUGUCCCCACUGAGGGGUCCAGUGUCGUGGACACCCAAACAAGUCACAUACUUCUUGCACACCAUCGACAGAACUCAGGUAGGAAGAGAUGCUUGA